AUGGAAGACGACCAGAGCAGCAGGCCAAUAGAAAUUCCAUCGAGAGGAAGGCCUCGGAAACGGGAUGUGGAGUCUUUUCUACAUAUCAAUCAAGCCCGAGGUGACCUUGGAGGCAAAAACAACUAUGGGCAGCACCAAUUUGUGAACCAAGCAGAGCAUCUGUCUCUAAGCGAGCUUCAGCGUCUGCAGGACCCUGGAUCUAACGAGUAUAUUCAAGACAAUAGAGCCAACGACUCUGCCGAUAGCAUAACCAAUCUUCUUGGAUUUAACAGGCCGUUUUCCAGGACAGGAGGCUUUUCCCCCAAUGAGGGAUAUGCUGACGGCGCGUAUACGAAUAAUGGCCGAAAGAUGGCAGGUAUGGAACCUUGCGGUCCCGGUGAUCCAAACGGUGCAGAAAAGGGCACUGCAGAUCGUCUGAGUGAUAACAGCGCAUACAAUGGCGGAAGAAGUGGAGACGAGCAGAGCAUUCCAGACCUUGCAUCCUUUCUCCAGGAGUUCAAGGGUGAGACCAAGGGACCCCAGGAAGGCGAUCCUAUGGAAAUAGGUAGACAGCCGCUUCGAGAGGACGUGUUCAACAAUCCCACAUCCUUUGGGAGCCAGAGCUCUCCCUGGCAUUUUCAGCACGAUCUGUCCAGGAGCAAAGGAGAGUAUGGAAGACAUGAACCCUUCCGGAGAGGUGUAUUGGAAAGAAAGCCGCAUGAAGAGCCAGCGCAUCCCAUGUACCAAGAAGGCCAGGGCAUGGAAGAAUUAAACCAAAGAUUUCGCAACGGACCUUUUCAAGCAAGGACAGGACAGGAUCCUUACUACGAGGGAUCAUUUGCCAACGAACGGCAUUCUUUCUAUGAUAGAAGACCCGGGCCUUACGGAUUUAGCGAACCUCCCCGAAUACAUAUUCCUGAGGGGUCGAGGGGCUAUCCAUACCUUAACGGAGUCUUCCCUGCGUCCCAGAUGUUUACGGACCGUGAAUUCAACCAAGACCACGCCCCUUAUGUAAAUAACCAAAGGCUCCUGGAAGGUGCUGAUCAUGAUGGAAGGAUGAUGGCCUCCCUCUUCCCAGGAAGCCCUACUUUUAGAGCACAUUUCCAGCAGAGAUACAUGGAUGCAUCUGUGCAAGGGAAUGCGUGGAUGAACAGGAAGAAGAGAAAAAGCAACCCUCUCCUGUGGCAAUACAUAAAGAGCAACCAAGGACUGCAUCCAAACAUUGUCCAUCCGUCGAAAUACUCAAGCCUGGACUUUAUUCAGGGUGUGGAUGACACCCAGAAGAUGUAUCUCGGGCCAAUGAGGAAAAACUUUCCGGAAAGGAGCAACGGAAACUCGAUAUUCCCGCUGUUCCUCAAUUCCAACAAAGGUGUAACAGACGAGUUCAAAGAGGUGGUUCAGAACUUCAGAAACUCGGUAAACGAGCUCGACUUCAAUAAUGUCACGGUCCAGCAGCUCAAGAGCCUGAUGAAGGAGUUUGGUCUGAACCACACUGGAAAGAAGAACGAGCUUAUUGAGAGGCUCCAGGACAUUCUUAAAAAGAUAGAUGGCAAAGAGGCCCACAAACCCGAGGAGCAUGUGCAGGAAAAGCCGAAGGAGGUGGAUGACUUCGAGUUCUAUUUCUUUUAG